GCAGCCCGGCCCCUGCGGCCGCCCGCGGCCAUGUGCGCCGGGGCGGAGCGGCGCCGCGGGAGCCGCAGUCAGUGCCUGCCGCGGGGAUGCUGCGCUACAGCUCGGGGCUCACGGUCACCGCCACAACCCCCCGGAGGCCGCCCGGCGACGGUGGCCGCGCCCGGCGGAAGAUGAAUGUCUGUAGGUUACGCUUGACUGUACCUCCCGAUGAAGGCUCACAGCCUGAACAGGGAGCAAAGGAACCUGAAAGAAAGAAAAACGAGCUCUACCAUGUACCUAAUGGCAUGUCUCCAGGGAAGCUCUCUCAUGGGAUGGUGUAUGGUGUUGUGCACCGAACUGACAACAACCAUAAGAGAGAAAUGGUGGUUUAUGGCUGGUCAGCUGAUCAGCUGAAAGAGGAGAUGAAUUACAUUAAAGAAGUUAGGGCAACUCUGGAAAAAGUAAGAAAGAAAAUGUAUGGCGAAUAUGAUGAAAUGAAACGAAAAAUACAGCAGCUUACAAAUGAACUGAAAGUGACAAAUGCUCAUCAGGAAUCCUUAGAGAAUCAUGUGCGAGUGCAGGCUGCAGCCUUAGAUAGCUUUAGUGAAAUGAACAGCUCCUUGACAUCAGCAUCAAUAGACUUGCAGAAAACUCUAGUUGACGUUACAUUGGAGAACACUGAUAUAAGGGAACAAAUAAGGAAUUUAAAACAUACGCAUGAACAAUCUAUGGAAAAGCUGAGAGAGAAGCAAAAGCAACUGGAAACAGCACAAAUAGAAAACCAGUUACUGAAAUUAAAGGUGGAAUCAUCGCAGGAAGCCAAUGCUGAAGUCAUGAGAGAGAUGACAAGAAAACUGUACAGUCAGUAUGAGGAAAAAAUGCGAGAAGAGGAGCAGAAACAUAAAGCUGAGAAAGAAAUCCUCCUAGAGGAAACAAAUCGGCUUCUGAAGGCUAUUGAAGAGGCAAAUAAGAAGAUGCAGAUUACAGAAACAAGCAUACAGGAAAAAGACCAGAGAAUUGGUGAGCUGGACCGGCUGAUUGAACGCAUGGAAGAGGAACGUCACCAGCUGCAAAAACAACUUGAACUGAAUGAAAUGCAAAUAUCUGGAGCAAAAUCCGAAAACAACUCCGACACUGAAAGGUCACAACAUUUGGAGGAGGUAGCAGCUAGCCUAAGAGAGCGAAUCAAACAUCUGGAUGAUAUGGUCCACUGCCAACAGAAGAAAGUCAAGCACAUGGUUGAGGAGAUUGAAAUGCUAAGGAAGAAAGUGAAAGAAAAGGAAUUAUUCAUAGUACAGCUUUUAGAAAAAAUCUCUUUCUUAGAAUGUGAGAAUAAAGAAUUACAAGAUAAACUGGACUACUUAAUGGAAAACCAACCAAAGACCAAUGUAGAAACCAGAGAUACUGGUGUAGGAUGUGAUCUCCCAUACAGGAAAUUCAUUGCAAGGCUUCCAGAUAAGGGUAAGAAGGUCUCCGACUUUGUGGAAAAGCUGAAGCUUGCCAUUUCACAGGAAGAAGAAGUAGCAAGGACAGCUGAGCUGUUAUCUGCAGUUAGGCUGGAGUUUCAGGUGAAGCAGGAUGAGAUUAAUGCAAACAAACAGCAAGUUGUCCUAAAGGAGGACAGACUAAACAAUGAAAAUUCCACAGUCUGUAAUGAAAACUCUAAUACUAAAGAAGUUUCUGAGAUUUCUUCCCAGAGGCAGGAGGCAGAAUGUAUUGCACACGAUGCCACAAAUACAGCGCUGGAAAAUCAAAGGACUCAGAGGAAAAAUGAAGAAGUAAAGACUGUUACAAAAGAUCAGUAUCUGCUUUGUGAAGUUGUCUCCAAGUCAGACACAAGCAGUCAUCUGAAAAAUGAUGAGCAGAUAUCGCAGAGUAAAUCUGAGGAUGGCGCAGAAAGUGCAGGUGCUUUGGACAACAGUAAAGAUGAGUUGGUUGAUGCCUUUCAAAAAGUUACAAUUGUAGGUGGGGAUGAUGGUGAAAAAGUAUUGGAUAAAGAGCAGAGUGUGGCUAAACAUAAGGGGAAUAUCUUUGGAAGCCUGUACCCCAAGACUCCACAUUAUAUUGAAGUUCUAGAGUCUAGAGCCAAGAACCCAGUCAUAAAGAAAAGCAAAUUUAAAACAAAUGUAUUAUCAGGAGAGCAGAAUGGAUCAUUGCGUGGUUCCGCAUCCAGUCAGUCACCUGGGGCAUGUGGCUCUCCAAUUACCGCUGAAGAAAGACGACUUAGAGAUAAGAAGCAUUUGAAUGAGAUCACAGCAGCUCGGCUGCCACCACUUCACCAUUCUCCUACUAAGCUGCUAUCCAUAGAGGAAUCCAUAGCAAUUCAGAUACAGCAAAAAGCAGUUUAUGAGGAAAUGCAAGCCAAGCUUGCAGCACAGAAGCUUGCAGAGAGAUUGAAUAUAAAAAUGCUUAGGUUUGAACCAGAGGGGGUUCUGCAAUACAGAGAUGGAAGAGAUGAAGAUUAUUCUUCAGCAGAGGACUGAAUUCGAGCAGGGAUGUCUGUGGAUGAGCCAUGUAAUAGAUCUUUAUGCAGUACUUCUUAAAACCCAAACCUGGAUAUUGAGAAUGCUUUAUCUAGUAGUUGUUUUCUUAAAAUGUUAACGUUACAGCGAUGGGCAGGUUUCAGUAUAAACCUCAUAAGUGGUAACCCUGGUGUUAUUUGGGGACUGUUUUUUGAGCACUUGGGGCAGUUAAUCCUUAUGGAGUUGCCCCAUAGUUUUCAACUACAGCAAAGUGAACUCUUUAAUACACUUUUGCAGGCUGUGAUGAGUCACCUACAAGAGAAAGUUCCUUCUGUGCAGAAAUGCAGUUGCACAGGGCAUUGGCACACAUGUCCAUAAAGUAAACUAAAGUGCCUGUAAACUGCUUGCAGACAGGAAAGCUCUUGCCUUGUAUAAAUGUGGGAUACUUCUUCUAUUGAAGAUUACCUUGUUUUUACCAUAUGGCAAAAAUACAUGCCCAUACAUCUACAGUAAAUGAGUGAUAGGCUGUAAGUUAGCUUCUUACCACGAGAGCUUGUUUUUCUAUGCCUGCACCUUAGAAUAACACUUUCUGUCCUUAUGAUAUAAAUAGGUAAGAAUUUCAAAUUAUUUUGUAACUCAAAUUCUGUUUGGGCUUUAAGGGACUCUGCUGUUUCAUUUUUGGUUGUUACUGCAAAGCACAUCAAGACAUCAAGUUACUCUGAAGACUGGCAUUUUUAUUAAAGGUCUUGGUGGGUUUCCAUGUUUUUGCACACUGCUUUAAUAGUUUGGAGUACUAUUUUUUUCAUAGUACAAAUCUGUAAAUUAAGAGAUCUGUCCUCUGGUGUUCUUCGAGAAGAUGUUCUGUAUGUGUUGAAGUUUUAGCUUUCUUUGAAGAUAAAAAAAAAGUCUUCCUUAAAAUAACAUUUUCUGCCUUUUAAUAUGAAUUUUGAAAGCUAAGGAACACAUCUGGGAAGUAGUUCACAAUGAUACUCCACUGUUGGCUAGGAUUUUGGAGGCCUAGCAUGAGUUCAGUUCUAAAAUACAAACCUCAGAGAUGCCAUGUACAGCCUGGCAACAUCUGUUUUCCAAGACACAGCAAUAGCUGUGUCUGCAGGGUGGCUCUGUGCACAAGGCUCUCCCUGCAUAUGUACAUAUUCCUGCAGGAAUGGUGUCUCUGGAAACCAAUGGAGCUCCACAUGUGAGUCCUUCAAAAAGCUGCACAACAUCAUCUAGAAAUGAGCAAUUAAAGUCUCUGCAACUUCUUGAGUGCACACAGCACUUUACUAGCAGGCAGGAACUCUCUCCCAGAUGCUCCACAGCCUCUCCCAGGCAGUUCCUGUGGCGCAGUCCAUACCCUAGCAAAGCAGUUUGACAGGUGGAACUGCUGCUAAGCCAGUAUGUGGUGUUUUUUGACUAGCUCAUCGGUUGUUUAUCUGUGAUCCCCCCUAUAGUCCUAUAUAGGAGUACUGCUGUACUCUUCCCUGUCACAGGUUUCUUGUUCUCAUUGUUUAUUGCCUUCUCAUCAGCUGUUUGCUCUUCACUUUUCCUUAUAAGACUUACUUCUUGUCACUAGAGCAAAUUCAUACUCUGCAUCCCUGCACCACCCAUUCCCUUUCAUAUGACAUACCACUUCUUGUGUCUGCAUUUAACUUCUGCCAAGUGUCAUGCAUCCUCCUGCUAUUGCUGUCUUCUCUUGAUUUCUGUAACUCCAUCUAAAUGCCAGCUGUGCACCUGCAUAUGUUCUCAGCCACUUCAGUGUCUCACAGAGACCUGCGUGUCUUCAUGUUUUUGCCACAGCUGCCCUCCUGCUGAGGCUUUCUUAUUUCAUAUUUUGUUUUCAGACUGUGCAAGAUUUGCCACUUCCAGGCCUUAUAUCUUCCUUUUUUGCUUCUUAGUGCUUUUUCCUGGUUUGUUCCACCCCCUACUGUUUAGUUUUUUUUCCUCUUUUCUGUGCUCCUGCUCCAUCCUCCCAGUUUCUCACCAUCAAUUGUCUUUGUCAGCACUGUUUUGGGCACAUACUCAGUCAUUAUUCAUCCCUCAGCACCUGUGUUGAUGGCCUAUCUGAUCCUCAGCUGUAUGUAUUUCAGCCCUCAGCAGAAAGACUUCCUUCAGCGUGUGCGUCUGACUCCAUA